AGUUGCGCGCGCAGCCUGGCAACGAGAGUGAAGGCUUCCUCACUCACACUCGAUACUAAAACAGCGUUUUAAACCCUUUGUUUUGAAGUUCUGAGCACAUAAAAAUGUCGGGUUGUUGCGUGUACGGAUGCCAGAAUCGCUUCUCUUCAAGCAGUGGACUGAAACUUUCCAGAAUUCCGAAGGGAGCACAUCCAUUUCAACAAAAUCGGAAGCGUCUGUGGCUGCAGGCCGUCAAAAGGGUUGAUGAAAACUGGACUGAAAACACGAUCCGACAUGCUCGAGUUUGUAGCGCCCAUUUUAUAUCAGACACUAUUGUUAUUUCGGACAGCGAAUGGGAAGAAAUUCCUAUUGAGGAAUUAACGUGUAAAAUGCCGCCUCCACCUCCGCCGUCUCCUCAAGAUUGUAUGACCAUCAUCAACCGAGCUGUGAAUAAUCUCAGUAAGUGCAUUUUUUUAUACGCAACGUUCUUUUUUUUCAGCUGUGAAAUAUUUCAUUUCACAGAAAGGGAGAACGCUAGAACGGGACUUCAACCCUACCCCGGAAGUGACAACUUUUACGCAAACACACCUCCAAACAUCAAUCUGCGUGACACAACCGUCAGGCCACAAGCGAUCACAGAAGCUGAGAGAGCUGGUCGUUACAAGACCAUCACACCACAAGCGAUCGUAGAAGCUGAGCAUACGCCGAAAACCUACGCCGCAUCAAACCCUCCCCCCGCACCACGCGGCCCCGCUACCUCACAGACGACUGAACAACCGACCACCGACGCAGAAAGCACAAACCGUGCGGCUGCGCAACCAGCGGAACAACCGACCACCAACGAAGAGAGCGCUCCACCUCCUCACCCUGCACCCGUACAGAAAAAACGAAAGAAGAGGAACAGACGCAUUACGCCGAUUCAAAGAUUAAACUGGAUGAAAAUGGCCUACCUGCUCCUUCAAAUCAACUCCGGUUUGGUUGAAAUUGUCCAAGAAGUGCUUUCUUUCUACGUAAAGACAUUCGUGUUGCCGUUGACUGGGGUGAUCGAUCUUGCAUCCGUGGCAGAUGGUAGUCAGGCAGAUGACGAGGCUCCUCAUCGGUGCUCUGGAUAUUGAGGGGUUGCACACCCUCCUCAUGACCAGGUGGAGGCUCAGGGUUUGAUGUCACCGAAGGUGGAUCAGUACUCGCAGAAGUCUCGUCGACCCAGGGCCUGAAUG